CUAAGUUGCCUCUGUCCUGUCUGUGUUCACACUUUCAGUCUCUAUUAAGUCCACAACGCUCAACCUCUGUAGUCACAAGUCAGUGACUACUUUCGUUGUGAACUUCACCGACAUGGUCACCGAUCGCCAUUGACGUCUGAACUGCUUCAUUCUUAACCAGUGUACAAAACGAUUGAUAGAAAGCGUGAUCACAAGAAGAAAGCCCUUGUCUUCUCUGUGUGACUUUUUUCAUGUACUAUUCAGUUAUUUAAAAAGCGUGUAUUCACAGACCUUUCUGAGCAGAUAAAACGGACGUCCCUUCUGUCAAGAAUAAUCGGAAAAUUACGGACUCAUAUGGACAGUGACUUGUGCGGAGAGCAAGAGGUGCCAUCUGCCGUCCUAACAGGCAUAAAUUUCAGUGUCUCAGUAGAUAAAGAGAAAGUAUGUCUAGAAAAAAUUUGUGUUGCCAGUGAGGUCACUGAUCCUAAGCUGGGGCUCCCAAAUCCAUCAUCUGAGUGCUUGACAUGUGGUGCCAAAGAUUUAAAACACUGUGAAGGCCAUUUUGGAGUUAUUCAAUUUCCGUACACAAUACUCCAUCCAUAUUAUCUGUCGGAAGUUGUACAAAUUCUGAAUAAGGUUUGCCCAGCAUGUAAAUCUCUUCGGGAAGAUCUAUGGAUCAAGGGACCUGAUUCCCUAUCUAUAGAUCAACCUAAAGGUUGCAAAUAUUGUGUUGGGAAUUCGUUGAAUUGGUAUCCACCAAUGAAAUUCAAAGUUUUGUCGGAAGAUAUUUUUAGACUAAGUGCGAUUAUGGUGGAAGUGAAUGAAAACGUUCUAAGAAAGUUUCAGAAGCGACGAAAAGAAGCAUUGCCUGCCGACUAUUGGGACUUUCUUCCAAAAGAUUCGCAUCAAGAGGAAAGUGGUACGAGACCUAAUAGAAGAAUUUUAUCUCAUGCCCAGGUUCAUUUUUUAUUGAAAGCCAUUGAUCCGAAGCUCAUUAGAAAGUUUAUAUUGAGGCCAGACUCCCUUUUUCUCAACUAUUUCCCCGUGACGCCAAAUAGUCAUCGUGUAACAGAACUGACAUACAUGUUCUCCAGUGGGCAGCGAUUGUUCUUUGAUGAAAGAACGGGGGCUUACAAAAAGCUGGUUGACUUCAGGGGAACUUCAAAUGAGUUGAGUUCUCGUGUACUGGGUUGUCUAAAAAUUUCCAAGCUUCACACAUUCAAGUCCUCAAGUAAAGAUGCAACAACUGCUUUGUUAAAGAAUGAAGAUUCUUCUAAUAUGGUUGGUUUGAGAUAUAUGAAAGAUGUUCUUCUUGGAAAGAGAAAUGACAGUUCCUUUCGCACAGUUGUUAUCGGGGAUCGGAGCCUUAAACUUAGUGAAAUUGGUAUUCCCUGUCAUAUUGCAGAAAGUUUGCAAAUAUCAGAGAACCUGAAUAAUUGGAACUGGGACAAGUUAAUUUCUUCUUGUGAUCUACGCCUUCUUGAGAAGGGUGAGAUUCAUGUACGCAGAAAAAAUAGUCUGAUUUCUUUACGUCGUAUCAGUGAUCUGCGGAUGGGAGACAUUAUCUCCCGGCCGCUAAAGGAUGGAGAUAUCUUGUUGAUAAAUAGACCUCCAUCAAUUCAUCCACACUCCCUCAUUGCUCUUUCUGUCAAGGUCCUUCCUAUAAGCUCAGUUGUUUCCAUAAAUCCUAUCUGCUGUUCUCCUUUCCGUGGAGAUUUUGAUGGUGACUGCUUUCAUGGCUAUAUUCCUCAAUCGAUUGAAGCUAGAGUUGAGCUUCACGAGCUUGUUGCCUUAGAUAGGCAGUUAACUAAUUGGUUGAGUGGUAGAAACCUACUUUGUCUUGGUCAAGAUAGUUUGACUGCUGCUCAUUUGAUAAAGGAGGAUGGGUUUUUAUUAAACAAGUAUCAAAUGCAGCAGCUGAAGAUGUAUUGUCCUUAUGAGUUGCCACCGCCAGCACUUGUGAAAGCUCCUCGACUGAAUAGUUCCGUUUGGACUGGCAAACAAUUAUUCAGCAUGCUCUUACCUCCAGGCUUUAAUUAUUACUUCUCACAAAAUGGGGUUUGCAUUAUUAAUGGGGAGCUUACAUCUUCUUCUGACGGGUCUGCCUGGUUACGUGACAAUGAUGGAAAUCUUUUCCAAAGUCUUGUUAAAUAUGAUAAAAGUAUGGUUCUUAACUUUUUAUAUGCUGCACAGGAAGUUCUUUGUGAUUGGUUGUCUGAUAGGGGUUUUAGCAUUUCACUAUCAGACUUGUAUCUUUCUUCUGAUCUCCAUUCUCGGGAAAACUUGAUGGAUGAGAUUUCUUGGGGUUUGCUAGAAGCGGAGCAGACAUGUAAUUUCAAACAGUUGAUGGUUGAUUCUUGUCGAGAUCUUCUUGCUGGAAAUGAUGAAGAAAGUCAAAAUGUCAUAACUUUUGAUGUGGAGCGCUUAUGUUAUGAGAAGCAGGGGUCAGCUGUACUCAGCCAGGCUUCUGUUGAUGCUUUCAAGCAAGUUUUCCGAGAUAUCCAAACCCUGGCCUUCAAAUAUGCAAGCAAGGAAAAUUCAUUGCUAGCUAUGUAUAAGGCUGGAAGCAAGGGUAGUCUGCCAAAACUUGUUCAGCAUAGCAUGUGUCUUGGUUUGCAACAUUCAUUGGUCCCCUUAUCAUUCAGAUUCCCACACCAGCUCUCAUGUGCUGCAUGGAACAAACAAAAGAGGUGCAGUGAUGGGUUUUGCACCCUUUUCGGGGAGUGUCCUAUAGAUGAUGGCCCACGUCAAGAAGAUUCAUUUUGCAUCAGUGUCACCGUAGUUAAGAAGUCCAAGGAUUCUUCAGUUCAAUUGGAUACUGUUCGAGGCUUGGUGAUGCCAUUUCUCCUUCGUGCAGUGAUUAAAGGAUUCCCAGAGAUAAAAAAGGUGGAUAUUUUGUGGAAAGAUCGACCAAAACUAUCAAAAUCUUAUGACUCUCGUGGUGAACUCUACUUGAGGGUUUCUAUGUCAGAGGAACAUGGUACUAGGACAUCCUGGAAUGCACUUAUGGAUGGUUGUCUCCCGAUAAUGGAUAUGAUUGACUGGGCACGCAGUUAUCCUGACAACAUUCAUCAUUUCUGUUCUGCUAAUGGAAUAGAUGCUGGAUGGAAACUUUUUCUUAAUAAUUUGGACUCUGCAAUAUCUGAUGUUGGGAAGACUAUACUUCCAGAACAUCUGCUUCUUAUUGCAAAUUGUCUAUCAGCUACAGGAGAGUUUGUCGGCUUGAGUUCUAGAGGGUUAGCACAACAAAGAAAGCAUGCAUCUGUCGUCUCACCUUUCACGCAAGCAUGCUUUUCGAAUCCUAGUACUUGCUUUGUUAAAGCUGCGAAGGCUGGAGUUACUGAUGAUCUUCAGGGAAGUAUAGAUGCAUUAGCUUGGGGGAAGCCUCCUUGUUUUGGGACAGGUGGACAGUUUGAUAUCAUAUAUUCUUGGAGGGACAAUGAGCUUUAUCAGCCAGUAGAUGUUUAUGACCUGUUGAAUAGCAUAGUCACUCCUUUGAAGCAGAAUGUAAAGAGUGACUUACCCAAUUCUAUGAACAUCAAGUCAGACAAAUAUGGUGAUCGAUCAAUCUAUGUGCACAGUGGGUCUAUUUCUUUAGGAUUAAAGAAAUUAGAAGGCAUAUCAAGAGCAUAUUUGAGAACUGUCUUAACGUGGAAAGAUAUUCAAAAGCUCUAUCAUGCAUCAAAGAAAAUACUGAACAAGUAUCCCAUUGAUCACCGCUUAAAUGAAGGGGAGAAGAAAAUCUUGAUGAUGGCUUUGUACUUCCAUCCUCAAAGUUAUGAGAAGAUUGGAACUGGAGCGCAAUAUAUAAAGAUUGGAUAUCAUCCAGAAUAUAAGGGUACCCGGUGCUUUCACUUGGUUAGAACAGACGGGACAACCGAAGACUUCUCGUAUCGCAAGUGUGUCCUUGCUGCUCUUGAUAGCAUUGCCCCUGAAAAAGCAAAACUCUACAGGUCAAAAUGGUUGGAACAACAGGAUUAUGAAUGAUCCAACUCCUUGUGCAAGUUCACAUGAAUGUACAUGCAUGUAUAAUAACAUUUAAGGGAGCGGUUCAACGUUGUGCCAUCAUUUUGACCUCAAGCAGUGUUAUGCAGUCAUUUUGACCUCAAGCGUAUAUAUCACAGCUUAUAAUGUCUAGUCGAGGAAUUUAUUUUGUGAGAGAAGUUGGAGUAAGGCAGUUUUAAUGGAUGACUGAUAUUUAGGCAGCUGACAUAUCAUAGGUUCUCUUGAUGGCAGGCCGACAUUCUUUAGUUUCCUUAGAUGGAUUUUGGUACAUGUUGUUAGGCAUAUGGGCAUAUCACCUCAGAAGAGUAAUAGGAUUUUCUACUGAGUGGUAGUGCACAACAGGGGGCAAGAGGGUUAGAUUUAGAGUAAAACUUUCAUUUAUUUUUUUUUAAAAUCAUUUCUAAUAUGUAUUUAGUUGUAACUCUUAUGUUACCCAUAAAUACAGGGUAGCCACUUUCUGUUGCUUCUUUUUGCUUCUUUCACUAGUAUUUGGUUUGCCUUCAAUUUUAUCAGGCAAAACAAACUAGUGGAAGCAGCAACGAGAAGCCUGUUAGGGGUAACCGCUUCCUCCAUUAAUGAUAUAUGUAUUUCGUUGAAGAAUAAAGCAUUUGGAAAUGCAAAAACUAGUUUACAGCUGA